GAGAUGUCAGGACAGUAUUCAGUCGAUCGGAUUGCGGUUUAGUUAGCAAACAAAAAUGAUUUGAAAUCGUUUAAAGUCGAAAGCGGUUUCUUUAUAGUACGAAAUUAACAGUAAUGUUUAUACUGUUUAUUUGCUAGAAGCAGUUGAGUGUAUAUAUAUCUUUAGCUGAAUAAUAAAAUGGUUGCAAAAUGUUUAUCUAUUUAAGUAAAAAGAUUGCUAUUCCCAACAACACCAAACUUAAUUGCCUGGCAUGGAACCGAGAACAGGGAUAUCUUGCUUGUGGUGGAGAGGAAGGAUUAUUGAAAGUUUUGAAGCUUCAACCAGGGGCUGAUAGUAAGGUGAAAGGGUUGGCAGCUCCAUCAAAUUUGUCAAUGAAUCAGACUUUGGAAGGUCACAGUGGACAAAUUCAAGUUAUUACUUGGAAUGAAAUUCACCAGAAGCUUACCACUAGUGACCAGUAUGGCCUUAUUAUUGUGUGGAUGCUAUACAAGGGAUCAUGGUAUGAGGAAAUGAUCAACAAUCGCAACAAGUCAGUAGUGAAAGGAAUGGCGUGGAAUUCAGAUGGGCAAAAGAUUUGCAUUGUAUAUGAAGAUGGAGCUGUGAUUGUUGGUUCAGUGGAUGGAAAUCGUAUCUGGGGAAAGGAAUUGAAAGGAAGUGCCUUGACUGGAGUGGAAUGGUCCCCAGAUGGUAAAAUGCUGCUGUUCAGUCUCCGCAGUGGUGAAAUUCAUGCCUAUGAUAAUCAGGGAAGCUUUACAAUGAAGCUGAGCAUCCAGUGUGUGCCUAACAUGCUGAGCCCAACACAGGUGGUUGGUAUGCACUGGUAUGAUGGAAGACAGGGAUUUGUGGAACAAGACUGUCCUGUACUUGCCAUCUGUUAUGAAAAUGGCUGCAUGCAAAUUAUGCGUGGUGAAAAUGAUGACAUACCAGUGCUAAUUGACACGGGCAUGACUGCUGUAUGCUGCCGAUGGAAUCACAAUGGCAGUGUCAUUGCUGUUACUGGUGUAAUGGAACUUGCUGAAGACAACAAGGAUUGUAAUGUCAUACAGUUUUACACACCAUUUGGAGAGCGCUUGCGGACACUGAGGAUUCCUGGUCGGGAGGUUACGAGUUGUGUGUGGGAAGGUGGUUCCCUGCGUGUGGCCCUUGCUGUAGACUCAUACAUCUAUUUUGCCAAUAUCCGUCCAGAUUACCGGUGGAGUUAUGUAGAACACACUGUUGUAUAUUGCUACAACAGACCGGACAGGCCUGGAACAACUGUAACAUUCUGGGAUACUAAAAAUAAUGAGUGCUACAACAAACCAGUGAAAUUGUUACUUGGAGUGGCAUCGGCAGGAGAACAUUGUGUGCUGGCAAUCAGAGCAGAAGACUCAGGCACCAGUGGGCAGUAUGGGCUUAUUCUCUGCAAUGCUAUAAGCACUCCAGUAGACACAAAGUACAUGGAUAUUGAGCCCUUGUGGAUUGCAAUGAACUCAUCUCAUGUGUUUGCUGCUUCACGAGACAACUUUUUGCUGUGGCACUACAGGACACCAAAAUCCCGAUCUACUUUUAGUAUGGCAGGUUCACGUCAACGCAAGGAGAGACUUUACCAUAUUGAUGAUACACCAUCUGGAGUUGCAGAAGUGAUACAAGACCUUGACAGAUCCUAUGAGCCUACAACUAAUAUGCAAGCAACUGCUGACCCAAUUUGCUGUUUGGCUGCAUCAGAGAAGGCACUGGUUAUUGGACGUGAAUCUGGGUCAGUGCAGCGUUAUUCCUUGCCUCAAGUGGCCCUGACUAAUCGUUACACCCUUAAUUCUCGCCCAUACAAGCUUUCUAUCAACUGCAAUACUACGUGUUUAUCUGUAAUUGAUGUGACGGGUAUACUGACAUUUCUGGAUCUGGAAUCUCCAUUGCUUUCUUCGUCCACUUCAUUGGCAAUGUCAGGAGAUGCUUUGGAUAUCUCACUUAUGGGCAAUAACAACAAGAGAGAAUUGUCCAAGUUUGAAAGAAAGGAUGUGUGGGCUAUGAAAUGGGCUUCUGAUAAUCCCGAGCUGCUUGCUAUUAUGGAAAAGACACGCAUGUACGUUCUGCGAGGUCUUGAACCUGAGGAGCCCAUACUAAGCUCAGGCUACAUCUGUUCCUUUCGGGAACUUGAAAUCAGAGCAGUGCUCUUAGAUGAGAUAAUGCAGAAUCCGGAACACCCAACAGCAGAACAUUUGCUGGAUUUAGAGGUGAAGUCUCUAAGGGACACACACAACUUGCUUGAAAAAGUUGGCAUUGCAGAGGCAACUGCCUUCAUUGAAGAGAAUCCACAUCCUAGACUUUGGCGACUGCUAGCUGAAGCAGCCGUUAAAAAACUGGACCUGCCAACAGCUGAAGCUGCAUUUGUUCGCUGCAAUGACUAUCCAGGAAUUCAGUUUGUCAAGCGAUUGCAUAACAUACAUAAUGAUACACUGAAAAAAGCUGAAGUAGCUGCUUACUUUAAGGAUUUUGAUCAAGCAGAGAAACUUUACCUUGAGGUGGACAGAAGGGACCUAGCCAUUUCCUUACGUGAAAAGUUGGGGGAUUGGUUCAGAGUAGUACAGCUGAUGAAGAUGGGAUCAGGAGGCUCUGACAUCCAGAUGGAAGUAGCAUGGAAUUCAAUAGGAGACUACUUGGCUGACCGUCAGAACUGGGAGGGUGCAAGAGACUAUUAUGAAAAAGGACGUAACCAGGAGCAGCUUGUUCACUGCUACUACAUGCUAGAAGACUACACGUCACUUGAGAACACUGUCACCAGCUUACCUGAAAAUCAUAACUUGCUUCCAUCCAUAGGUGAGAUGUUUGCUUCUGUAGGAAUGUGUGCUCAAGCUGUUACAGCGUAUAUCAAGUGUGGACAGAUUAAAUCAGCUGUGGACACCUGUGUGAAUCUGAACCAGUGGGAUCAAGCUGUAGAUCUGGCAAAGAAGUUUAAGUUGCCUGAGAUUAGCAGUCUGUUAGCUAAGUAUGCUAGUCACUUACUGGCAAAAGGUAAAUUACUUGAGGCCGUUAAAUUAUACCGAAAAGCUAACCACUUCCUGGAAGCUGCCAGGCUUUUGUACCAGUUAUCUGAGGCUGAAGCCAAGAAAAAGUCACAUCCUCUUAGAGUGAAGAAACUGUAUGUGCUUUCUGCAAUGCUCGUAGAAGAACAUCAGCGGCACCUCAAACAACAAGUGCAAGGCUCAGCAGGUGGAAAAAGUAGAGCACUGAUGAUGGGUCUGAUGGAGAGUGAUGAUGCAUUAGACUUCAAUACCAAGAUAAUAGACAACGCGUGGAAAGGUGCUGAAGCCUAUCAUUUCUUUAUGUUAGCCCAGAGACAACUGUAUAAAGGUGAUGUAGAUGAAGCCAUGAAAACAGCUCUCCACCUGCGGGAAUAUGAAGAUAUUCUAGAGGCAGAAGAUAUUUACUGUAUUCUGGCAUUAGCUAGUUGUGCCAGCAGAGCAUUUGGAACUUGCUCAAAGGCUUUCAUCAGGCUUGAAUCACUUGAAAAAAUUCCUGAAAGUAAGAGACAGGAAUAUGAAACAUUGGCAAUGGAUAUUUUCACCAAAAACACACCAAAAGAUGCACGCAGCAAUCGUUCUGAGUGCACAAGUUGUGAGACUAUGGUACCUGAUUGGUGCGGUGUAUGCCCUAGCUGUGGCAACCGUUUUCCAAUUUGUGUUGCCACCGGGCGUCCUCUCAUGAACAUGUCUGUUGCAUGGACUUGCACAGUUUGUAAGCACAGUGCAUCAGACCAAGACAUUACUGUGCGCCAGAGCUGCCCACUGUGCCACUCCCCUGUUCACAUGUAAACCAUCUGAGAGCAGUGGAUGUUCUACUUGUUAAUCAACUUAAAAUGUAUUGUUUUAAAUUUUCAGGUAUGACAAUGAAGUCCCCAGAAUGCCUCCAUAAGAGCUGAAUUUAAUUACUUACACACCAGUUGUUGCUGUCACCUUCAAAGUAGUCUCCUUGUGCACCAAUACACUUACCCGGUGUCCUACGUGAGCGAUUAAAUGCGAGCGGUGCGAGUUGCGUGGGUA